CAGCGAAACGCUUCGACUGAACAGAGCGCAGCUCAGAGGGGGGAGGAGGAGAAUGAUGGGAGCGACUUUUUCUUCCAUUUAUAUGACCCAUAUCCUACAGUAGACCUAGGAAUCAUCCUGCCUCAUUCUUGUUCUCGAGGUUUUUUUUUUCUCCGUCAAGAUGUCCGCCUCGGCGAUAUUCAUCCUCGACCUGAAGGGAAAGGUUUUGAUUUGCCGUAACUACAUGGGAAACAUGGACAUGAAUGAAAUUGACCACUUCAUGCCCAUAUUGAUGAAGAGGGAGGAAGAUGCUGAGAUGACACCGCUGGUCAGCCAUGGCUCCUCACACUUCCUCUGGAUCAAACACAGCAACCUUUACUUGGUAGCAAUGACAAAGAAGAAUGCCAACGCUGCUCUGGUGUACUCCUUUCUUUAUAGAAUAGUUCAGGUAUUUAAGGAGUAUUUUAAAGAGCUGGAGGAGGAAAGUAUUCGUGACAACUUUGUGACAGUAUAUGAACUGAUGGAUGAAGUGAUGGACUUUGGAUUCCCCCAGACAACUGAGAGCAAGAUCCUACAAGAGUACAUUACCCAGCAGGGGCAUAAGCUGGAGGUUGGGGCACCUCGACCACCUGCCACUGUCACCAAUGCUGUGUCAUGGCGGUCAGAGGGCAUCAAGUACAGGAAGAAUGAAGUCUUCAUGGAUGUUAUAGAGUCUGUAAAUCUUCUGGUGAGCGCCAAUGGCAGUGUCCUGCGCAGUGAAAUAGUGGGCAGCAUCAAGCUAAAAGUCGUCCUUUCCGGAAUGCCUGAACUCAGACUGGGACUCAAUGACAAAGUGUUGUUUGAGCUCACCGGCAGAGAGAAGAGCAAGACGGUUGAGCUGGAAGAUGUGAAGUUUCAUCAGUGCGUCCGUCUGUCGCGCUUCGAGAACGACCGGACCAUCUCUUUCAUCCCCCCCGAUGGCGAGAGCGAGCUCAUGUCGUACCGCCUCAACACAACGGUGAAGCCUCUUAUAUGGAUCGAAAGUGUUAUUGAAAAGUUUUCUCACAGCCGUGUGGAGAUCAAAGUGAAGGCCCGUAGUCAAUUUAAAAGUCGCUCCACUGCCAACAAUGUGUCCAUUAUGGUGCCGGUGCCCAGUGACGCUGACUCACCCAAGUUCAAGACCAGCACCGGCAGCGCCAAGUGGGUCCCUGAGAAGAGCGCAGUGCAGUGGAACAUCAAAUCCUUCCCUGGCGGGAAGGAGUAUGUGAUGCGGGCCCACUUUGGGCUGCCCAGUGUAGAGAGCGACGAGUUGGAAGCAAAGAGACCAAUCACAGUUGAUUUUGAGAUCCCUUAUUUCACAGUCUCUGGGAUUCAGGUGCGCUACCUAAAGAUCAUAGAGAAGAGUGGCUACCAGGCGUUGCCGUGGGUGCGCUACAUCACACAAAGUGGAGAUUACCAGCUCCGGACGAACUAAAGGGCACAGCUGCUGCUGCUAGACGAAUGGGUAGUUCCUCCUUCUGCCUGUCUCCGUCUCCUCUGUCUCCAUUUCUCCAGCUUGGAGUCAGGAGACGACAGCUGAGGACAAGAGCAGGAGGACAUCUGAACAUUUCCCCCCACUGUAAAUGGUAACUGGAAGUCAUGUCUUCCGCAUUUACAAUCUUCAAAGAUGGAAGAAGUGUUUCAUCACCUCUGACCUACAUUUCAUCGAAGGGUUUUCCAGGACUCUAGUGAAACGUUUUUAUUACAUGAAUAAUAAAUUAACAACUUUGGUUCAGACUUCUGCUGCUCCAAAUUUAAUGUCAUAUAUUUCUGUUGAUUUAGCACACAAUUUUAGUAAGAACUUGACAUUUUAAGUGUUACUCUUGAUGUGAUGUUUUGUAUGUAUAACAUGUAAAUUAACUGAUUACAUGGAGCAGGAGCAGCUCUGAGCUAAAGCAGGUUUUUAUUUCUAAGAGGGACAUUGAUAAUGGAGAUUUGUGAUAUGAUAAACUUAAAAUGUGCCAUGUGCUUCCAAUUUCUCUUCGUCAAUGGAGAACAUUACCUUGUUGCUUUAUGACGGAUCGUAACCACAGCUUUAAAUCAGUCGGCUCAUUAAACUGUCAAAGUUCCCAUUCCCCAUAUUUGUUAUUAAUAUUUCGAUCACUUUGAAACAUCACUGUGAUACAGUUUUAUCUCUGAUAUAUAUUCUGCCUGAAAGGCAAUACAAGUUCAGGGCCCUGAAAAUGUCUACCAUCACCACAGGCACUGUGAACAUAAUCCUCAGUGCACUGAAACCAACACCAGCAACCAGGUCAAUGAUUAAUAAGGCACAAUAUUGUCAGAGGCAUCGACUGUAAGAUAAAACCCACUGACUGAGGUUAUAACCUUGUCCCUGUUGUUGAAAUCUGCUUUACAGCUUUGAAACUCUCCAGGAAGAAGUAUGAGAAAAACAAUCUUGAUCUUAUCUUUUGUUUAUGCAGCAUUAUUUUAUCCAGUUUGGAUUCAAGCAUCAAAGAACAAAUGGGUUAAGAAGUCUUAACAGUGUGAUGGGAAGGGCUAAGGUAGAAUAGGUUGUUUUUGUUUUUUGCUUCACAAAAUUUUGACUUUGUAAACUUAUAACUCUUACCAGUACUGUUUUCUUUUGCUGGCUUUUGACAUCUGGCUUUUACAAGUUUUUGGACCCAUUUGUGAUACUUAAAACCCACUCUCUUUUAUAGAUUUUACAUCACGUUACUUCACUGCUUUAAACAGUUGGUUUUAGAAUAUUUUUAAGGGUCUCUAUUGCAAUCAAUCCUUCAUCUUGGAUCAGAACAAACAUAAGUGGGCCUUUUUUUAAGUGUGUGAUAUUGUCUGAUUUAUUUAUCAACUGCUUGUCCAUAGGAAACAAAGGGAUAUAUUUGGAAAUAAACAAUUUUUUGUAACCAGU